AAAGAGCCCAGUUAUCUGAUAUAAACCUAGUUAGGGUUUUGUCAUCGUCAUCAACGUCCGAAAGAUCCCGGCUAAACUACAACACCAGCGGCUUUCCCCUCGCCAUUCACCCCCUCCCCAAUCCUCAAUCCAAGAAUGGCGACCAUACCACCUAUUGCUGAAGACGAUAAGGCUCACUGCGAAGUAUUGCUUUUCAAUCGUUGGACUUACGAUGACGUUCAGGUCUCUGAUCUUUCUGUCGAAGAUUACAUCACUGCAACUGCUUCCAAGCACCCAAUCUACAUGCCUCACACUGCAGGUAGAUACCAAGCCAGAAGAUUCAGAAAGGCUCAAUGCCCAAUUGUUGAGCGUUUGACAAACUCCCUCAUGAUGCACGGAAGAAACAAUGGUAAAAAGUUGAUGGCUGUUCGCAUAGUCAAACACGCCAUGGAAAUCAUCCAUCUUUUAACUGAUGCCAACCCAAUUCAAAUCAUUGUUGAUGCUGUCAUUAACAGUGGACCAAGAGAAGAUGCAACUAGAAUUGGUUCAGCUGGUGUUGUUAGGCGUCAAGCUGUUGAUAUUUCUCCAUUAAGACGUGUGAAUCAGGCAAUUUAUCUUCUUACAACUGGUGCACGUGAGAGUGCAUUUAGGAAUGUUAAGACCAUUGCUGAAUGUCUUGCUGAUGAGCUUAUUAAUGCUGCAAAGGGAUCUUCAAACAGUUAUGCUAUUAAGAAGAAAGAUGAGAUUGAGAGGGUUGCAAAGGCCAAUCGUUAAAGAAGAUUUGAUAAUGUUAGAGAAGUCGAUUUUGGUUGUUGGAAUGUUUUGGUUUUUCAUGAAAAACAAUUAAUUAUCAAAACUAUUGGUUGUUUUGUUAUGGAUUUUGAGUUACAGAGAAAGUAUCUGCAUUUGUUUUGAUA